AUGAGGCUUUACGCCGCGAUUGCGACCGUGCUGCUUCUCCUCGCGUGCGUCUCCGCGACUGAGAACGACGUGACUCGCUCGCUGACUACUGGACGGAACGGCGGCACCAAGCAACGUCUACUGAGGAGCACGCACGCCGGCGAGGAGAGGGGUGCUGUUUCGACUGUGGGAAACCUGGCCGAAAAGGCGAAGUUCCGAUUCUGGAAGCUGAUCGGCGACCACCCCGGGGUGAUCCACGAGAAGUGGUUUAAGAACAUGGACGCAAAAGAUAUCCUCGCAAGCCCGAAACGCAAAGUCUGGUCCAGGUAUGAGGAAUGGUACAACAAGAAGACGUGGGACAAAAUUAAAGCUGCUGCUAAUACUGCUAACUAA